AUGUCUGUUGCUCGCCUGGCCAUCCACUCGGACUCGUCGUCAGAAGGCGGUGACCUCGGAGCCGACGACGUGUUGUAUGCCCACUUUCUCAAGUUUCAGUCGACCAUGCGUGCUGCCGCCGGUCGUAUCAUCCACGAGGCUGCGUCGUCGAUGAGCAAGCCGCGAUCAGACUCGGUCUACUCCUCGGCACAGGUUCUCAAUGAGGUAGCCUUUUGGGAGGAGAUGGAGGAAGUUGCCUCUCAUGACAUCGACGAGGAUAGCGUCGUUGUCCGCGAGCCCACCUCGCAGGAUCUUGCUGCGGCGUCGCUCAACCAGCUCCUACGCUUCGCCACCGAUGGCUCAGACCUGGUUGAUCCGCGCCGCCUCCUUCACGUCUUUCGCAAGUACUGCACGCCGCGCGUCCUCCUCCUCAAGGUCCUGGACCUCCUCUCACCGCCCGACGAUCUGACCAACCUAACAACGGCGCUUGGCGCGCUUCCGCAGCCGGCGGCGGCGCUAGACCUGCUCGCCGUGUGGAUCACCGAGUUUCGUGGCGACUUUCUCGACUCGCCCUCGUUUGUCACCGCCAUGCAGCAGGUGUGCGAGAAGCGGCUGCCCGAGCUCGGCUUUGAGGCUGCCGCCGAGGACCUGCUCUUCAAGCUCGCAGCGACCAUGCAGCAGGUCCCACUCGAGCCGCUGGUGGUGGCACCAGCCGGCCGGCCCACCCCGCCCAAGAUCAAGCUCAAGCCCGGCGCCUCACUCUCGCUACUCGAUUUUGGCUCCAUCCCACCUGCCGACCUCGCGCGGCAGCUCACCCUCCUCGACCAGACUCUGCUGCAGCGAAUCGAUCCGGCCGAGUUUCGCGACCUCGCGUGGUCCAAGAAAAAGACCAUGCACCUCGCGCCAAACAUCCUCGAGUUCAUUGCGCACUUUAACAAGAUCUCCAACUUUUGCGCUGGCAUGAUCCUCAAGGAGAAAAAGGCCAAGGACCGCUCCAAGCGCAUCACCUACUUUGCCAAAACAUGCAAGGAGCUCCUUACUCUCCGCAACUACAACACGCUCAUGGCCUUCAACGCCGCCUUUGCCUCGACCCCGGUUUCGCGGCUAAAGAAGACCCUCGACUCGGUCUCAUCCUCCACCACUGCCACGCUCACCACCAUCCGCGAGCUCUUUUCCUCGCAGCGGUCGUUCAAGCACCUGCGCGAGGCCAUGCGCGCCGACCCUCACUCGCCGGCUAUCCCCUUUCUAGGCAUCUUCCUCUCCGACCUCACCUUUGCCUACGAAGCCAACGACGAUUUUACACAGGUCGACAGCCUCGCCUCCCGCCCGCCGUCCUCCCCGACCUCGCCCGGCCACGGCCCGCGCCGCGACCGGCUCCCCAACUGGUCCAAGGGCAACCUCGUUGGCCGCAUCAUCGCCGAGUUCUGCUCCUUUCAGCGCCGCCGCUUCAACAUCACCCGGGUCGAGGCCAUCACCGAUCUCCUCCGCGUCCUCCUCCUCCGCGAAAUCGAAGAAGACAUCCUGUUCGACAUGUCGUACGACUGCGAGCCUUCGGCCCGCCGGCCGUCCACUGCCAUCCCCACCGCCGACCUCGUCGCUGAGCAGCUCUCGGGCACCGGCAAUCAGAAGCUCUCGUCCAAGCAAGUGGCAGAGAUGGAACGCAUCCGCCGCUAUCAAAUGUCCGGCCGCCGCAAGUCGAUGGCCGCCAUGGGUUCCUCCGCUCCGGCGGUCGAGCACACCCCGCUGCCGACCACCAUGCUGAGCAACUUUCAGCUCGCCUCGGUCGCCGAAACCGCCGAAAGCGGCGAUCCCUCGCUCGACACCUCGUCAUCGUCGGCGUACUCGUCGUCGUCUUCCUCGUCGUCCUCGGCGUCAUCGUCUUGCCCCCUCUCGCCGCACUCAGCGUCUUCGGCCCACGACCCGAACUCGUCACCGCCCCGUGACUCGCCAUCUCACGUCGCGUCGCUCGCCAAGACCCCUUCCGAGCUCCACACUCUCCGCCUCGCUGAGGCCGCCGCCGAGGAGGAGCCCGGCGCCGAGCUCCGGGCACUCGCCGCCGACCUCGCCGACCACGUCCAGCUCAUCCUGGAGGACGAUGAGCGGUCGGCGGCGAGCGGACGCCCGCGCCGCGACCGCCGCGCGGUGCGCCUCGACUCGCCGCGCCACGCCGCGCUCCAUGCCGAGGCCGAGGCACGAGCCGCCGCCGCCGCCGCCGCCGUCGUCGCCUCGGACAUGGUCGCUGAGACCUUUGAUCCGAAGCGCCACUCGCCGCGCCACGACCUGCCACGGCCUGAAGCCUUUGGCGUCGAGCUGCUUGCCGACGCACAGGCCGCGCUCGUCUCGGGCCAGGGCCACAUGGCCGAGCCAGCGUGGGCCGGCUCGGGCUCAGCCCGAUGGACCCAGGACGCCGUCGCGCUCGCCCAGCGGCUCGACGCUCUGCCCCCUGUCCCGCCCGAUGCCACCUACCCGCGCAAGCUUCAGGUUUAUGCCCAGCGUCGCGCCCUCCUCGAGGCUGCGCUCGCCACUUCGAUUACCGCCUGCGAUCACAUCGCCGUCGCCGUCCGCGCCCUCGACAUCGAGCUGGAGACCAAGUCCCGCGCCAACGGCGACCUCCACAACGAAAUGCUUGCCCUCCGCAAUAAGCUCCGCCGCGAGCGCCGCCACCUCCACUCCAAGCGCGCCCAUGGCGCUCUAGCCUCACUCGUCGGCUCGCUCGUCCCCGCCGAUGGCGUCCCAGCUCCAACCGAGGCCGACCUCACCGAGCACUCUGAGGCCGGCCACGGAGCGCCCCAUCGCGCCCGCCGCCGCCGCCGCCGCAAGCACCCUGCCGCCGCCGCCCACGCGAGCGCCCACACGGGCGGCCACGACCGCCCGCAAUUUCUCCAGCGCGGCGGCGGUAUGACCGCGCCCAUCCUUCCGGCUCUCGACAUGGAGAUCGCCGCCCUCGAGCACGACCUCUUCCACGUCACCCCGCUUUACGAGCGCAUGCAUGCGUAG